GAGUGAGCGGCAGCGCUGAAAGCCACACUGAGUGGGAAGUAAUAACGGCUGGUUGAUACGGGAGCGGUGCAGCCCUAGCCUACUCAACCGGAAUGAGCCUAACCCGUCCGCGCCUGCGCACACCCACCACCAUUCAUCUCUAGGGAUCUCGCCCCCCUUUUCCUGUCUCGUGCGAGAAGAGAAACCAGCAGGCGGCUCCGGGCUCGCGCUCGCUUCCCCGGUUGUCAAGGCAGUCUGACUUCUCCUCGUUGCGGCCGGACGGUGACAGCUCACCUCAGCUCUAUCAUUUCUCGGAUUGUGCUCGGAUUUUUGCCUCUUUGGAAUUCUAUAUUUUUGAAGCAGUGACGGACUAUCCACAGCUUGUUAACACAGUACUAAACCCUGCCGGCUCUGACACUGUGACUCCAGACUGACAGACGCUGAAAGAGGAGGCAGAUAAACAGAUUGGAGGACAGAGGGAGAAGUACAACCUCUCAUAGAGUGGUGGCCAGAGUGACAGAGGAGCACAUGAGGAGCGGAAACGGCGUGACAGCAACAUCCUGACCGGUAACCUUGGUUCUGCACCCAACCACGCACCCAGCAACUCCAGAAGCGGGGCGUCACAAGGAAGAAAACGUGCGACCACUCCUCCUGCAGGCAUGAGGUCCUUCCGUUCCUUUAGUAAUGAUGACCGCCACGUCAUGGCAAAACACUCCACCAUCUACCCCUCCUCUCAAGAACUGGAAGCCGUUCAGAAGUUGGUGUCCACUGUUGAGUGCGCCCUCAAACACGUCUCUGAUUGGCUGGAUCAGAGUAGCAUCGACGUCCACAGCCAAGUCGACAGCCAACCAGCAGACAGCACAGAGGAGGAUGAUCCUGGUGAUGAGCCCAGCAGUGAAACUGAGGGUUCCAGUGACAGCUACAGAGAGCCGAGCAGUGGUAGUGUGCUGUGUGGAGUGAUGAGGAUCGGCCACGUGUCCAAAGGCCUCCUGAUCAAAGGCGACAUGGACCUGGAGCUAGUGCUGAUGUGCAGAGACAAACCCACACAGACACUGCUGGACACUGUCUGUCAUAAUUUACCCACACAGAUAGAGAAGCUGAGAGAAGAGAAAUAUGAGGUUACAAGCUCCUUGCCCGAGGCAGCCAUCUUGGUACGAACUACAACAGAGCCCAAACUCACACUGACGAUUACUCUAACCUCGCCGGACAUGAGGGAAGAUGAGGAGGAAGAGGAGGAGGAGGAAGAGGAGUUGGAGAAUGGGGAGGAAGGACGGCACGAGGAGGAGGAGGGGGAGGAAGUGGAGGAGGAAGUGGAGGAGGAAAAGCAGGAGCAGGGGAAGAAGAAUGGGCAAGUGUUGGGUGCUGCUGCGCAGAGAGUGGAGGCUGAGGAGGAAGAGGGGGAGGUGCUGGAUAGACACAGAUGUCUGUUGGCCCUGGCAGCGCUGCGACACGCCAAGUGGUUCCAGGCUCGAGUGAACGGGCUCAAGUCCUGCGUUAUCAUUCUCAGGAUACUUAGAGACAUGUGCAAUAGACACCCUGUCUGGGAACCUCUCAAGGGAUGGCCCUUAGAGCUUAUCUGCGAGAAGGCAAUUGCCACCUGUAACAGACCUCUUGGGGCGGGAGAAGCUCUGCGUCGGGUCAUGGAGUGUCUGGCCUCAGGCAUACUCCUACCAGGUGGUCCUGGUUUACACGACCCAUGUGAGAAAGAGCCAACAAACACGCUAACCAACAUGACCGACCAGCAGGCUGAGGCCAUUACCUACCGUGCACAGCAUGCUCUCAGACUCAUGGCAUUUGGACAAACUUACAAGGUGUUGGAGAUGGAGCCUCUUCCCUCAAAUAAACCAUCGCAUAAAUACCCGUGGUCUGAUAAAGAAGGCUUAGGUCUAAAGAGGCCAUAUGAGGAUGGAGCAAUUGAUGACAAGGAUGUCAUCAAGAAGAUGAAGAGGAAUCUGAGGAAAGUCCUAGACAGUAAAGCCAUAGACUCCAACCAGCCAAUGAACGCCCUGAUGCGGUUGAACCAGAUCCGGCCGGGGCUGCAGUAUCGCCUGCUGUCCCAGUCGGGCCCGGUUCACGCUCCGGUCUUCACCAUGUCUGUGGAUCUGGAUGGAACUAUUUACGAAGCAUCUGGAUCCUCCAAGAAGACCGCCAAGCUCCACGUUGCCGUCAAGGUUCUCCAGGCAAUGGGCUACCCGACAGGUUUUGACUCAGACCUUGAUCCCAUGAGUUCAGACGAGAAGUCGGAUGGUGAGGGGAAAAGCGAGACGUCGUCACACACUAGCAAUAACCCAAAACACUCCACGGACAGUUCCAACGCACUGGAGGUGCGAACUCAGGGUCCCAUACUGACGGCAAGUGGGAAGAACCCCGUCAUGGAGCUGAACGAAAAGAGACGGGGCCUAAAAUACGAACUCAUCUCUGAAAGCGGAGGCAGCCAUGACAAACGCUUUGUUAUGGAGGUGGAGGUCGAUGGGCAGAAGUUUCGUGGGGCAGGCCCCAACAAGAAAGUAGCAAAGGCCAGUGCUGCUCUGGAAGCGCUGGAAAAACUUUUCUCUGGUCCCAAUGCCGCUUCAAACAAGAAAAAGAAGAUAUUGCCCCAGACUAAAGGAGCCCUUGCCGCGGCAGCAGCAGCCUCAGCAGUAGCAGCCCAUGUAGCCAGAGGAAGAGGAAGAGCAGCACUCGCGAGAGGAGCCUUCGUCAGUGCAGCCACACCUGGAUAUGUCACGCCAGGCUUUGGGACACCGUAUGGCUACAGCCCUGCUGCAGCAGCUGCUCCUGCAUACGGUGGUCUUUUCAUUGACAAUCCUUUCUACCAGCCACGAACCAUCGCUCCUUUUAUCAUUCAUCUGGGUCCCCAGGAUCUCUUCUCUGACUUCUAGAGGCAGCAGGUUGUUGGAUACUCUCUUCAAACUUAUCUGUCUGUAUACGCAGGACAUGUGUUUUUUCUGUCCGUCUUAGCGGGCUGCCUUUCUAUCCAGGUGCGGACUCACAGAUCCGAAAGAGUUUUUGGUUCAAUCAGUCUGCUGGGGAAAACUCUAUGCCCAACAGCAGCAGAAGAAACUAUCUCACCUACUGACCGAGAGGCUCAUAGCUCCUCUCUCUGUUUUCGCUACCCUCUGCCCAGAUUAUCACUUCAGAGGAGAGAAAUUUGAAACAAAGCAAUACUUGGAUUUUACGAGAAAUGUUCAGCUGUGACUGCGCGAGGCUGGGCUGGCUGAACGUCUUUCUAAUAGCAAUACACCAGAACUCCUCUCCUUGAGCUUACUUACUUGAGAAUAUGUGAAUGUCAGAUGGAGUUUUACCCAAUACAGCAUUGCAAUAGCUCAUUAUGAUUGUAUAUUCAUUGUAUGUGUGUGUACGUGUGGCUAUAACAUGACUAUAUACACAUAUAUGUAUGGUGUAUGUUUCUAUAAAAAUGUGCUGACAAUAAUAUUACUAUAUGAUGAUGUAUUUAUGUAAAUAUUCUAUAAGAUAUAACUAUUGUUGGUAUAAAUUAUUUUAGAAUUAUAAAGUGAAUUGUAUCUGUAAUAUCACAGUAUAGCUUUCUUCCAAUUUUAUAUACACUGAGCAAUUGAAGCUAGUUCUAGGAGAUGCAAUAUUAACUUUGGUAUUUCUAUUAACCUGUGCUGUUAGAAUAAUAAUGCUUCCUUCUUUCCUUCCUUCAAACUUUUCCUCUAUCUUUGAUGUCUUUCUGAGCCUUUCUGAGCACACUCUCUUCUACCCGAGGUUUGUUUACUUGACCCGGACCAGAGGUGCUCACUACUGAACACACUCAUGACCUAAUCACACCUGGGCACACACUUUUCCUGUCAGAAAGCACAUUUUCUAUAGUCUCACUGCUGGCAGGAAAUACUGUUAGAAAUACAGUACUGUAUGUGUAUAGUAUGUGAAUACUUUGAUGUAUGUGCUCCUCCAUCUACCAUUCCCACGUUAUCCCACUCACCCAUCAACACUCAGAACAAUCGUCAGCUCCGUCCCGUUCGCCUUAGGGACCAAAAGCACAGCUCACUCACACAAAUUACUAUUCCUUCUUUCUGCAAACACAAACAUUCACACACACCAAUCCCUCCAACCUCCUAUGGCAAUCCUCUACUGUAUGGAUGUGAUGUGGCUGGUGGCUAAUACAGCUUUGUCAAAAGGUGUUUUACACAAUGGGGAAGAUGGAGCACAACUACUGGCAAACUAAUUAAAUUUAUAGCCAGCAAAAAUCCUCAAA